ACGCGAGCCUCACCACUGGCUGUUACUGUCCGUUGCCAGCAGCAGCAGCAGCAGCAGCAGCAGCAGCAACAGCCAGAAGUAAGUCCACAUUUUGGCGCCUUAAUCGAACCGAACGAACGAACAGAUAUCAAUUAUGAUCCUGUGUGUGCGCUGCUUUUGAGUUAUUUGCGCGGUUUUUAAUUAAGAUUGCGUAUACGCCGCGUCACCUGUGCAAGCAAGCCGAAAUUGCUGUCGCAUCAAAGCAAAUAUUUCAUGACAUCAGCUUAAAGCACUUUGCACCAACUUACAAUAUCAAAUAUAUUUCCUGAGUUCAAUUGGCGCCAACUUUUACAAGACAUCAAUAAAAAAUAAAAAAAAAUAAACUUUUCUGUGCGCCAAAGGGCGAAAAUUACACGAGGAAAUUCGAACGAGAAUUGCUGCUGACAGAGUACUGAGAACGGAUGGAAGCCAAAAAGCGAUGCAAGCGCUGAAGCUGCGUCAGUGGCAGUAAUUAAGCAAAUGACAAAAUAAGGCGAAUCGUCCAGCUGGAGAGACGAGACAAAGCAGCAAGUCACGGCCACGGCAAGCAAGCAACGCGCGUCACGCAUACGCAGCGUGGCACAUGCAAAAUUUAACAUCAUCAUUGGCUGCAUCAGUGGCUGCAUCAGUGGCUGCAUCAGUGGCUGCUUCAGUGGCUGCGGCAACAACCCGCUGCCCGUAGAAAGUACUACACAAAUUUUUGGCAAAAAGGCCAGCAAGAUAAAUAGUGAAACAGACACGAUAAAAGACACAGCAUGGAGACCAUUAUGUCAACAUUGCCCACGCUGACAGCUGACGAUGGCAGCCUCUGGAUAACUAGCGCGCUCACCGAGCUGCUGGCCAGCGGCGCCAAUAGCAGCAGCGGGAGCAGCAGCGUUGUCGCUGAUGGCACACAGAAUGCAACGUUUGUCGCUGCCGCAACAACAACAACAACAACAGUGGCAGCUGCCGCAGCGGCUGCAGCAGCAGCAGCUGUAAAUGCUUCGACAGCGACCACGGCGAAUGCUACCAAAGGUCAUCACAAGCAUCCGCAUGGUGUGAAUGACAGCGAAACAGAUCUGAGCUCAUAUCCCGGCUAUAUACACUAUCGCGACAAAUACGAUCUGACCUACAUAGCAAAGGUGAAUCCCUUCUGGCUGCAAUUCGAGCCGCCUGACACCAGCACCUUCUACAUCAUGGCCGGCCUCUAUUGCCUAAUCUCCGUGGUCGGCUGCUUUGGCAAUGCGUUCGUCAUCUUCAUGUUCGGCAGCCGGAAGUCGCUGCGCACGCCGGCCAAUAUAUUGGUCAUGAAUCUGGCCAUAUGCGACUUCCUGAUGCUGGUCAAGUGCCCCAUCGCCAUCUACAACAACAUCCAGGAGGGCCCAGCGCUGGGCGAUGCAGCUUGCCGUCUCUAUGGAUUUGUGGGUGGCCUGAGUGGCACCUGUGCCAUUGGCACUCUGACGGCCAUUGCCCUGGAUCGCUAUAAUGUGGUGGUGCACCCGCUGCAGCCGUUGCGCCGCUACUCCCGCCUGCGCUCCUACCUGAUCAUAUUCGCCAUCUGGUGCUACAGCUUCCUGUUUGCCGUGAUGCCCGCCCUGGACGUGGGCCUGUCGGUGUAUGUGCCGGAGGGCUUUCUCACCACCUGCAGUUUUGACUAUCUCAACAAGGAGACGCCGGCACGCAUCUUCAUGGCCCUCUUCUUUGUGGCCGCCUACUGCAUACCCUUGGCCUCCAUUGUCUACUCCUACUUCUACAUACUCAAGGUGGUCUUCACGGCGAACCGCAUCCAGUCGAGCAAGGACAAGGCCAAGACCGAGCAGAAGCUAACAUUUAUUGUGGCCGCCAUUAUUGGCUUGUGGUUCAUUGCCUGGUCGCCGUAUGCAAUUGUCGCCAUGAUGGGCGUCUUUGGCCAGGAGCAGCACAUCACGCCGCUGGGCUCCAUGAUACCCGCGCUCUUCUGCAAGACGGCUGCCUGCGUGGAUCCCUAUCUGUAUGCGGCCACACAUCCCAGAUUUCGUGUCGAGGUGCGUAUGCUGAUGUAUGGACGUGGUGUCCUCAGACGCGUGUCCACCACUCGCUCCUCCUAUAUGACUCGAUCACGCUCCUCCUUCACGCAUCGGUUGCGCCCUUCAAGCGGCGACUGCGAGAAUCGCGCUGAGCCCUACACGCUCAACAACAACCUGAUGAUGGUGCCCGAGGAGACGGAGGAGAACGAGGAGAUCAUCGUUGUGGCCGAGAUCAACAAUUCCAUCUCAGGGGUCAUGGAGCAGAGUAAGUUUUAAAGAGAGAGAUAGAGAGCGAGAGAGGCAGAGAGCUUAUCAUAUCAAUUGAGAUUCCGGAUAACCAUAUUUUUGUACUAUAAAGAGAGAGAAAGAGGUAGAGAUGUAGAUCGAGUGUUAAACGUGAUCAUUUAUUUACCGAAGAAUUUUAAAGAGAGAGCUUACUAAAUUCAGUAUUAUUAUUAUUUUUAUAUUUAAUGAUAUGCAUAUAUAGUCUUUUAGCUCGUAUAUUCCCUUUGAAAGACUUGUUGGACUUGAUAAAAAUGAAAUGAAAUUCAUCAAAUAUAAUCAAACAAAAAUCGAAAAAUCGAAAAAUAAGCUCGCCUUUCAUGUGAAUUGUACAUAGCAGAGCUUCACUUGGCAGCAGUUCAAAGGAAAAUUGUAAUGAUAUACUUGCCCAUUGUAUUACUUAACGGUGCGAAGUCUGCUCUCAUGGUGGAGAGCAAUUAUAGCCAGCUUAUAGAUAAAUUGAUGUAGGGUACAUCAAGUAUAUAUACAACUCCAAGGCAAACCUAAUACAACAUUGCUGUGGGCAACGAAGUGAUAGAGGUCUGGUUGAGGGAGCUUAACUAAAAUGUUAAUAGGUAUUUAUUGUAGUAUAUAGUAUACGUGAGGUCUACCCUUAAGUAGGCUCUUAAUAAGUCUAGUGUAAUAAGUAAGUGUCUAUUGGGCAUGAGGCAGAGCAGGGAAACGAAAAUGUAUCAUCAGGGAAAGAGACAUAAAUAACGCACUUCAAAUGUACAUACAUACAUAUAUAUAUACAUUUAUAUAUAUAUAAAUAAAAUUAGCUGUUCAGGUGUCGUAAUUCAUUUGUGGCCAACUGUUACAUUUCCGCAACGAAUGUAGCUCAAUUAUUUUUUUUUUUUUAAUAUACGAAACGUGUCAAAAAGCAUUAACAUUCAUAAAUAUAUACUGGGUAAAUAAUUUAUUAAAAUAAAUAUAUAUAAAUUUGAGCUGCAAAUCAUUGAAAAUCAUAUUGAAAUGUAUAAUAAAUGCAGUUUGUUUAAUUAAGCUUAUUAAAUGUACAAAUAUGAUUAUGCAAAUGUGUUGAACAAUUAAUUAUACAUUAUGAAUGUGAAUUAAAUAUUCUUAUUAUGCGAAAUUCUCUCAGCUAAAUUUCUGUUCAACCAAGACCUUGACCGAGGCCUGACAGAGUACUUGUACCUAAAUACAAAAACAAAACCGACAAAAGCUAUUUAAGCUCGAUCUAAAUAUGAAAAAUAGUCAUAAGCAGCAAUAUUGUACGAAUUUAUACUCUUUAAGUGUUCCGUGCUUAAAUCUAUAUAUAUAUAUAUGCAUAUAUAGAUGUCAACUUGUAUAUAUAUAUAUAUAUAUAUAAGAAUUUGUUCGAGCAAUAUCCUUUAUGUGGCCACGAACAAAACCGAAACACAGAACAAUGGACAAAUAUGCUAAGAGUGACCUGAAAAAGAUUGUAAUUAGAAAGAGUAAGGCUAGAUGAGAGCUUAGUCGAUGUCUAAAUACACUAUCCGAGCUUUAUGCAUUACUAUUGUAAGUCAAGAAGUAUGGAUUAUUGAAUAUCUAGUUGAGUAAAUUUCAAGUCAAAUCCUGUGACUGUAAAAUCAAAAUCACAAUUUUUCACAUUCAACUGCAACAAAAGUACGGAGACACCCCAGAAACAAAAAAACAAA